AUGUCAUCUGGUCAGGACAAAGGAACAUGUCUCGUUGCUCGAGCAAUUCCGCCGAAAAUAGCUAAUUCGGCAAUCAUGGAUAUAUCUGAUAAGGUUCCACAAAUUAUUUCUAAUCCUGUAAUCAUUCAAAGGUUUAUUUCUCAGGUGGCGAAUAACAUAAACCCGUCUGACUUUGUCGCCCUACAGAGCAUCAGAUCGUCAGCCUUGGCCCGUAAAACGGCAACUACUUCAAAAUUUUGUGGUGGCAGGCCAUCCCUUUUCGAAGACUUGCUCAACAAAGAUUAUGUAAGCACGUUUUAUAUCUUUCUCGUGCAGUUAGAAUUCACUCAUUUACUCGUGUCGUUGCAUCCCUAUCAAGACAUUUUGAAGGGAAAAUUGGAUGCUGACUCGGAACAAAACAAAGAAGAAAAGUCGUGUGACGAAAAUGGUCAAAAAAUGGACAAGGGUAAACUACUUCCGCGUGGACCUGUUAAGAACGCGCGAUUUUCUCAUGGUGAUCGUCCGUACACUAUUGGUCAAUAUUGUUCCUCAUCAUCUCCACCGGACUCAGUCGGGAUAGGCCAAUGUUACCGUUCUAACUCUCCAGAUCAGAAAUCGCUACAGAAAAAUUUUACAGAGUUGUCUCGUUUGCUGGACUCUUCGCAAUUGCCAGAUCCAUUGGUUGACUUUAUAUUGGAGUAUUCCCGUCGAUAUACGGAACAGAAAACUCCAAAACGCCGUCCACCUUCUGUGGAUUCUUCUUCCCCAUUGUCAGCGCGUUCAGCUUCACAUGCCAGUCCGGAAAUUCCCACUGGUAGCAGCAGUGGUUCAGCGACGCCUCCGUUCAGUCAGGUACAUCCCGGUCCGCGCAAAGGAUCUGAUCGCACAGCAAAGCACUGUCUUCGUGCGCUCAUACCGGAUGAUGAAAUGGACGAUGCGUGGCUUGCUCCUGAUACGCUGACUUAUCAGGACGACGACUACGACACUCUUCUGCAUAUUGUUAUUUCUCAUCAUGAUCUUGCAAAAAUCUACUCUCUCGUCGAACAACAACUUAAACUUGAUACAAUCAAAGAACGUACAUCUUUUGACGUCCCGAACCGCUACAACGAAACACCCUUAUUUCUUGCAGUCCAACAAAAUCUGAAAGAAUCAUGUUCUCGAUGCAAUUGUUCGUGGUUGCAUACCUGCUUGAAGCUAAUCCUUUGUGCUGGUCAGAAACUCCGCAUCAACGAGUUAAAUGGUCGUGGACUUACCGCUUUGCACUGUGCCAUUAUCAAUCACGGUGUCAUCAGUGAACAUUCGAUGAAUGUCAUUGACAGUCGUAGUAUAAUUAUCACGCUUUUGAAAGCUGGAGCCGAUCCCACACUAACGGUACGUCCAGGUUUGCAAAUUCUCAGCAGAAAUUUUUGCUUUGUAAAGUCUAUUUGCUUACCCCAUUAUAUAUAG